ACAAAUCAAAAUCAAGAUACAUUUGUGAGAGUGAUCACCUAAUAGGCCUUGUUGACAUUCAUUCAACAUGGACACAAAACUCAAGUCACUCACCUUGCUCACUCUUAUUCUUCUUGCUUCCUUGUUCUCCUCUUUGCUUCCUGAUUCAGAAGCCAGGCCAUUACCAGGUGAAGAUGGAAUUAUUGUUAGAGAAGUAAAUGGAGUGUUCAGGACAUUGAAGAGUUCUGGUCCAACACCUGGUGUUGGCCACAGGCUUAAAAAGCUUGAAAAUCUAGAAGGGGUGAAAGACUCUGGUCCAAGUCCUGGUGUUGGACACAAGCUUAAUAAGAAGCUUGAAAAUGUUGGAGAAAUGAAGGACUCUGGUCCAAGUCCUGGUGUUGGACACAAGCUUAAUAAGAAGCUUGAAAAUGUUGGAGAAAUGAAGGUCUCUGGUCCAAGUCCUGGUGUUGGACACAAGCUUAAUAAGAAGCUUGAAAAUGUUGAAGAAAUGAAGGUCUCUGGUCCAAGUCCUGGUGUUGGACACAAGCUUAAUAAGAAGCUUGAAAAUGUUGGAGAAAUGAAGGUCUCUGGUCCAAGCCCUGGUGUUGGCCACCCCAAGCUUCAAGAUGUUGGAGAAAUGAAGGACUCUGGUCCAAGCCAUGGUGUUGGCCACCCCAAGCUUCAAGAUGUUGGAGGGGUGAAGGACUCUGGUCCUAGCCCUGGUGAGGGGCACCAUAAGCUUCAAAAUCUUGGAGUGAUUAAGCAUUCUGGUCCUAGUCCUGGUCAAGGACACAAGCACAUCACCAACCACCACUUAUAAACUGAAAGUGUCCAUUCUUAUAUAUGUUUUUAUGUGCAUUAAUUUUACACUAAUGAUGGAUGUCAUUCUCAUUUUAACUAUAAGAUAGUUCAAGAAGUAUUAUUUUUAUGAUAAUGUAGUGCAUUAUGUAAUAAUGCUGAAGUACUUGUAACCUGCUAGUGCUCAAUGCAUGUAAUAAUGCCACUAAACUUGUUACUAAAUCAUAGAGAAAAGAAUACACAGU